AUCAUCACCCAUCGCUCCGCUGUGACUGUCCCUUUAAGAAAAUGCACUUGCAGCCAUUUUCUGCUCUUUGUGUGGGGUGGAUUAGCACUGGGUAGGUACGGGGCGAAACUAGAGCAUCAAUCGGCACAGAAGACGAGGGAAGAAAAAAGAUCAGCAAACAUUACAUCGCCGUCGCACAACGCGACACCGGCCGCCCGCCUUUGGAUAUCGCCGGACGGGCAUGCAAUUGACAGACUGGGGUGUUGUGUGAGUGACGCCUUGUUACCAUGACGACCCACGUGACCUUAGAGGAUGCCCUGUCCAAUGUGGACCUGCUGGAGGAGCUGCCCCUCCCGGACCAGCAGCCAUGCAUCGAACCCCCUCCCUCCUCUAUUAUGUACCAGGCUAAUUUUGACACCAACUUUGAAGACAGGAAUGCAUUUGUGACAGGCAUCGCCCGUUACAUAGAGCAAGCUACAGUCCACUCCAGCAUGAAUGAGAUGCUGGAGGAGGGGCACGAGUAUGCUGUGAUGCUGUACACUUGGAGAAGCUGCUCCAGAGCCAUUCCCCAGGUGAAAUGCAAUGAGCAGCCCAACAGAGUGGAGAUCUAUGAGAAAACAGUGGAGGUGUUAGAACCAGAAGUGACCAAGCUCAUGAAGUUCAUGUACUUCCAGCGGAAAGCCAUAGAGCGGUUCUGUAGCGAAGUCAAGCGUCUGUGUCACGCUGAGAGAAGGAAGGACUUUGUGUCUGAGGCCUACCUGCUCACUCUGGGCAAAUUUAUUAACAUGUUUGCAGUGCUGGAUGAACUGAAGAACAUGAAGUGUAGCGUUAAGAAUGAUCACUCUGCCUACAAAAGGGCAGCUCAGUUCUUGAGGAAGAUGGCUGACCCUCAGUCCAUCCAGGAAUCCCAGAACCUCUCGAUGUUUUUAGCCAACCACAACAGGAUCACUCAGUGCCUGCACCAACAGCUGGAGGUGAUUCCUGGCUACGAGGAGCUUUUGGCAGACAUUGUCAACAUCUGUGUCGACUAUUACGAGAACAAGAUGUAUUUAACACCCAGCGAGAAACACAUGCUGCUUAAGGUGAUGGGCUUUGGUCUGUACCUGAUGGAUGGGAACGUGAGUAAUAUCUAUAAACUCGAUGCCAAAAAGAGGAUCAACCUGAGCAAGAUCGACAAGUUCUUCAAACUUCAAGUGGUGCCACUAUUUGGGGACAUGCAAAUAGAGCUGUCGCGCUACAUCGAGACAAGUGCCCACUACGAAGAAAACAAGUCCAAGUGGACAUGCACCCAGAGCAGCAUCUCGCCACAGUAUAACCUGUGCGAGCAGAUGGUACAGAUCAGGGAGGACCACAUCCGCUUCAUCUCAGAGCUGGCGCGCUACAGCAACAGCGAAGUGGUGACGGGCUCGGGCCUGGACAGCCAGAAGUCCGACGAGGAGUACAGGGAGCUGUUCGACCUGGCUCUGAGGGGUCUGCAGCUGCUGUCCAAGUGGAGCACGCACGUCAUGGAAGUUUACUCGUGGAAGCUGGUCCAUCCCACGGAUAAAUUCUGUAACAAGGACUGUCCAGGCACAGCGGAGGAGUAUGAGCGAGCCACGCGAUACAAUUACACCAGUGAGGAGAAGUUUGCCCUGGUGGAGGUCAUUGCCAUGAUUAAAGGGCUGCAGGUUCUGAUGGGCCGAAUGGAGUCAGUGUUUAACCAGGCCAUCAGGAACACCAUCUACGCAGCGCUGCAGGACUUUGCCCAGAUGACCCUCCGAGAGCCUCUGCGCCAGGCUGUACGCAAGAAGAAGAACGUCCUCAUUAGUGUUCUUCAGGCUAUUCGAAAGACCGUCUGUGACUGGGAGGGGGCGAGGGAACCUCCAAAUGACCCCUGUCUGAGGGGAGAGAAGGACCCGAAAGGUGGAUUUGACAUCAAAGUGCCCCGCAGGGCUGUCGGCCCCUCCAGCACACAGCUGUACAUGGUGCGCACCAUGCUGGAGUCAUUGAUAGCAGAUAAGAGUGGGUCUAAGAAGACUCUCCGCAGCAGUCUGGAUGGACCCAUAGUGGUGGCCAUAGAAGACUUCCACAAACAAUCCUUCUUCUUCACACACCUGCUCAACUUCAGCGAGGCCCUGCAGCAGUGCUGUGACCUGUCCCAGCUGUGGUUCAGAGAGUUCUUCCUGGAGCUGACCAUGGGGCGCAGAAUCCAGUUCCCCAUUGAGAUGUCCAUGCCCUGGAUCCUCACCGACCACAUCCUGGAGACCAAGGAGCCCUCCAUGAUGGAAUAUGUGCUGUAUCCUCUAGACUUGUAUAACGACAGUGGCUACUACGCUCUGACUAAGUUCAAGAAGCAGUUCCUUUAUGAUGAAAUCGAGGCUGAGGUAAACCUCUGCUUUGACCAGUUUGUCUACAAGUUAGCAGACCAGAUAUUUGCCUACUACAAAGCAAUGGCCGGAAGCGUCCUUCUAGACAAGCGCUUCAGAGCGGAGUGUAAAAACUAUGGCGUGAUCAUCCCGUACCCUCCAUCAAACCGCUAUGAGACGCUGCUCAAACAGAGACACGUACAGCUGCUAGGUCGCUCCAUUGACCUGAACCGUCUGAUCACCCAGAGGAUCUCAGCAGCGAUGUACAAGUCUCUUGACCAUGCCAUCAGCCGCUUUGAGAGCGAGGACCUCACUUCCAUAGUGGAGCUGGAGUGGCUGCUGGAGAUCAACAGACUAACCCACCGGCUCCUGUCUAAACACAUGACCCUGGACAGCUUCGAUGCCAUGUUCCGCGAGGCCAACCACAACGUCUCCGCUCCCUACGGACGAAUCACGCUCCACGUCUUCUGGGAGCUCAACUUUGAUUUCCUCCCCAACUACUGCUACAACGGAUCCACAAACCGCUUUGUACGCACAGCCAUUCCCUUCACCCAGGAGCCUCAAAGAGACAAGCCAGCCAACGUGCAGCCUUACUACCUGUAUGGGUCCAAGCCUCUGAACAUUGCCUACUCCCACAUAUACAGCUCCUACAGAAACUUUGUUGGCCCGCCCCACUUCAAGACCAUCUGCCGUCUCCUUGGUUACCAAGGCAUUGCCGUAGUGAUGGAGGAGCUGCUUAAGAUUGUCAAGAGCCUGUUACAGGGCACCAUCCUGCAGUACGUAAAAACACUGAUAGAAGUCAUGCCCAAGAUCUGCCGCCUACCGCGCCAUGAGUAUGGCUCCCCAGGUAUCUUGGAGUUCUUCCACCAUCAACUUAAGGAUAUCAUUGAGUAUGCUGAGUUGAAGACAGAUGUCUUCCAGAGCUUAAGGGAGGUUGGAAAUGCCAUCCUCUUCUGCCUGCUCAUCGAGCAAGCUCUGUCUCAGGAGGAAGUGUGUGACCUGCUUCAUGCCGCUCCCUUCCAGAACAUUCUGCCCAGAGUCUACAUCAAAGAGGGAGAGCGUCUGGAGGUGAGGAUGAAAAGGCUGGAAGCAAAGUACGCCCCUCUCCACCUUGUGCCUCUAAUUGAGAGGUUGGGAACCCCACAGCAAAUCGCCAUUGCCCGUGAGGGGGACCUGCUGACCAAAGAGCGCCUGUGCUGCGGCCUUUCCAUGUUUGAGGUCAUCCUGACACGCAUCCGCAGCUUCCUGCAGGAUGGGGUGUGGCGCGGGCCUCCGCCCACCAACGGUGUGAUGCAUGUGGAUGAGUGUAUGGAGUUCCACCGCCUGUGGAGUGCCAUGCAGUUUGUCUACUGCAUCCCUGUGGGCACACACGAGUUCACAGCAGAGCAGUGCUUUGGAGAUGGGCUGAACUGGGCCGGCUGCGCCAUCAUUGUGCUGUUGGGACAGCAGCGUCGCUUUGACCUCUUUGACUUCUGCUACCACCUUCUCAAAGUCCAAAGACAGGACGGCAAGGAUGAGAUCAUCAAAAAUGUGCCCCUGAAGAAGAUGGCAGACCGCAUUAGGAAGUACCAGAUCCUCAACAAUGAGAUCUUUGCCAUCCUCAACAAGUACAUGAAGGCAGUGGAGACGGACAGUUCCACUGUGGAGCACGUUCGCUGUUUCCAGCCUCCUAUACACCAAUCUCUGGCUACCACCUGUUGAAAUAGACCCUUCACACAUAGUGCACACACACACAUACGCUCAAACACACAUAGCUGUGAUGCUAAUUUCUGCCUCUCCCUGGUCUCGUAGAGGUAUAGAUUACCACGAUGGCUUCACGCCGGCAUUAAGAAUCCAAAGACAAAUCCUCUCAAACUGUUCCUCUAUCUAAAAUGUGACUGUCUUUGAAUUCUUGAACCCCUAGAAGUGGACCAGGCCAGAGGCGGAAGUGUAUAUUCACACCUUGUCUUUUUUUUUUUAUUUUACUACCUGUGUGGCUCUCACUCAGACUCAUGCAUGCCUUCUCUAACUCCUUCUGCUGCACACCUGUGGAUCGGACCACUCACACAAAUGCCAAAAGAGUAUCUCUGUCCGAUAGUCUGUCGCCACUUGUUUGAAGUCUCAGCCGUUGGGACACAUAGACGCCUUUCAGAAUUUGCCACCGAGAGCGGAGACAAAAGUAAAUCUAACAAGGUUUAAACGAACGACUAAAUAAUGCAACAAGAUAACUAAUUUUCUAAGUUAUAUAAAGAUCUAUUAACAUGGUGCUCUUAAGUGCUACUACAGCUACUAACCGUACUAGCACAGGCACCAGUACACCUGUGCUGCCGUUAUGCGUGUCCUCUAAUAUGACCCCCCGACCUGUUUAUCGUGACACAUUUCAAACUCUUCACUCAUUUGUAUAAUAAUCUGGUCUGCCCUCGUUCAUGAUACAUAGUGUCUGUCACGCAUUUGAAUACUUCCAUCGGCUUGCUUUCAAAGGAAUUGAGGCGCAUCGCAUUCUUGAUUUGCUUUUAUUUAUCUCGCUCCCCUCAUCCGGUUUUCUCGCUUCCUCCUGACACAUUUUUAUUCGGUACCAGUUCCACUGUAAAUUUCACUGUUGAACUAAGUGAAGUGUUGAGUGUCGUAAUUGUUCUUGUUUUUAAUUCUUAAUAUUUUAAUUUACACAUCCUUGGUUUACUCGCCUCUCAAGUACUGGCUGGAAAACCUCAUUGACAGUUUUUUUUUUCUCUUUCUCUCUUUUGUCCGUUGGAAAGAUUUUUUAUAUUCUGUACAUGAUUACAGUGAUAUUAUUUACAAUUUGGAAAAGGCACAUCUUCAUCUGGGUAAAUGUGUUUGCUUUUUCAAGAGUAAAAAACAAACAAACAAAAGAAACAAGAUUAGAAAAAUACCUCUAGGUUGUAUAAAGACAGUGCUGUACUAGAUUAACCUGUUCUGAGUGUGAAUGGAUGAUGUUGGUCUAGCAGACCUCUGAAAUACUCUGCACAUAAAGGAGAAAAAAAAUCAUAACUAAAAUGUCAGUUAUAAUUAAAGGGCAGUUUCCUAAAUAUAGUCAGUAUUUACUAUUGUUGGACUUUUGCUUUAGAUUUAGCAGUGUUAUCAAAUAUGCAAAAUUUGUCCCUAUUUUUUUUCAUAUGAAGAAAAACAAAUGAAUUAUUGAGAACCCUCCCCAAACUGCCCUGUGAUCUUUUCUGCUCUGUUUUGAAUGAACAAACUUUCUUUUGUAACUCCAGUGUCUUUUUAUCAUAUUUAUUCAACUCCGACGUAUUGUUCAUUUAAAGGUUAAUCUAGUAAAAAUGACGGUACCAAUGUAUCAUCUCAAAACCUUAGCAUGGCAAGUGUAAUUUAUUGUCAUCAAUGGCUCCAUUUGUGACAUGAGGCUUUGUUUAUGAUAUUGUUGUACAAGUGACCAUGUUUUGAAGUACAAAAAAAGUGGAGAAAAAGAAUAUAAAAUGUACAACAAUGGUCCUGCAAAGGAUUUGAAAUUAUGUUGUAUUUCCAUGAAAUAAAAAAUGUUUAACUGAAAAAAUUAAAUUGUG